CCGGAAGUAGCAAUUGCUGCUGGAUUGCGCGCGCUGCGCUAUGGCGGCGAUCCCCCCAGACUCCUGGCAGCCGCCCAAUGUGUACUUGGAGACCAGCAUGGGAAUCAUUGUGCUGGAGUUGUACUGGAAGCAUGCUCCAAAGACCUGUAAAAAAGAAUUGCAGGAGUUAGCGCGUCGAGUUACCUAUAACAAAUUCCACAGAAUCAUCAAAGACUUCAUGAUCAGGAAAUUUGACAACGAGGGGGCAGGUCGAGGUGGUGCAUCUAUCUAUGGUAAGCAGUUUGAAGAUGAACUUCAUCCAGACUUGAAAUUCACGGGGGCCGGAAUUCUCGCAAUGGCCAAUGCAGGGCCAGACACCAACGGCAGCCAAUUUUUUGUGACCCUAGCCCCUACCCAGUGGCUUGAUGGCAAACACACCAUUUUCGGCCGUGUGUGCCAGGGUAUAGGAAUGGUGAAUCGAGUAGGAAUGGUGGAAACGAACUCCCAGGACCGCCCUGUGGAUGAUGUGAAGAUCAUUAAGGCAUACCCUUCUGGGUAGGCUUGCUGCUUUCUUGGGCACACUCAGGUCCUCUGAGAUGGCCUCGGUGAACCAGCUUCCAGAUGACCUAGAAUGACACACACUUAAACUUCAUUUUGGCCUUGCAAAUCACAGAGCUAAGGAGACCUAGGGUCUUGGGUGAGUUAGAGAUGGAAGUAUA